CUUUAAAUUAUUUAAUUGAAUCCUAAAUCUAUUUGGGAGAAAGAGAAAACAGAAAAAGCACUGUUGGUAUGUGGUGGUGUUGGUAAGUUGGUAGAGGGAGAACUAGAAAUCCAUAAUAGUGACAAAGGUUAGUAUAGAAUAGAGAGAUAGAAUAGUAAGUGACAAAAGAGCAAAAAAAAUGGUAAGCGUGGGCUUAAAUUCCGUUGCCUGUUGCUUUCCCUGAUGGAAGAGAAGAUUGCACUAAAAAAACUUAGCAACAAAUUGUAGCACAUCAUCAUCCUAUUCACUUCAUUAUGCCUACAAUCAUGAUUCUUGGUUCCAUCACCCGCAUGCUUUCUUCCAAACACCUUCACUACUACAUCCUACACACUCUCAUUCUGAUUCGCACACACCUAUAAAUCUCAUUGACCCCCCAAUCCUUUCUCUCACCUCAUCCUUCCAAUCAAACAUUUCUCUCAACCUUUCUCUGCAACUACCCUUCUCCCCUCUGUUACAUUUACAUUCCCUCUUCCUAACACUCACACACACUCUUCCAAAUGGCCGUCUCGGGUUUCGAAGGCUUCGAGAAAAGAUUGGAGCUUCAUUUCUUCGGCGAUGAUCCGGCCAUCUUCCCACUUGGGCUAAGGAAGCUUGAGUUUGAAUCACUGGAACAGGUCCUCGAAGCUGUCCAAUGCACUGUCGUUUCAGCAGUAGGAAACUCCUACUUCGAUGCCUACGUGCUGUCAGAAUCAAGCCUCUUUGUUUACCCGACCAAGAUCAUCAUCAAAACAUGUGGCACAACCCAGCUUCUGAAAUCCAUUCUUCCCUUGAUCCAAUACGCUCACCACUUAGGCCUCACCCUCUCCUCUUGCCGCUACACCAGAGGAAGCUUCAUCUUCCCCAAGUCACAACCUUUCCCUCACACCAGCUUCAAGGACGAGGUUACCUACUUGCAAGACACAAUCCCUUCAAACCUCUGCUUCAGAAAAGCCUCCAUCAUGCCCUCCAAAUCUUCUUCACACUCUUGGCACGUCUUCACCGCCAACGAUAGCACACACGCUCUCCCCCACCUGCCCUAUGAUCAUGACAACGAGUUACUAUUCACCAUGGAGAUCUGUAUGACCGAGCUGGACCCUAUCCUCGCACGAAAGUUUUUCCGGCCACCGGAGGACGGAAAAUCCGGCGACUCUGCCGGGAAGGAGAUGACGGAGCUCACCGGGAUAAACGAAAUCAACCCGGACGCGCUUAUCUGCGACUUCGCGUUCGACCCGUGUGGGUAUUCCAUGAAUGGCAUGGACGGGGAUUGGUACUCCACCAUCCACGUCACUCCGGAGGACGGUUUCAGCUACGCCAGCUUCGAGUGUGUCGGGUCCGUCAACGACAUGGCACACGUGUUGAGGAAGGUGGUGAAGAUUUUCCGUCCCGGGACGAUGUCCAUAUCGACGACGUGCAAUGGCUUCGGCAACGACAUGUGGACGCAGAUGGCGAGUGCGGUGGAGCCUCUGGGCAUGAAAUGUCGGAGCUUUGCAAUGGACCAGUUCCCCGACGGCGGCACCGUGGUUUUUCAAACGUUCAGCGGGCGCCGGAAAAGUGUCUAAAGGCGGAGAAAGUAAAAGAAAGUGGCGGCGGAGAGAAAUAUGAUAGGUAGGAAGUUAGAGUUAGUUGAAAAUUUUAGGGGGGAGAUGAGGUGGCAGAAAGUGAUUGGUUGUGGAGAUGAUGGAUGUGGAGAAGUGGGUGGUAAGUGAUGCAGAAGUAGAAGAGGGUGGAGAUGAAUGGAGAUUCAUUGGUGUUUGGAAUAUUAUGAAAAAGGAGAAGAUGAAAUGAAGGAAGCAAUGUAAGGUUGGGAUACUGGCCAUGAUCAUGAUAAUGCACCCCACUUAGGCUUGUCACGCCUAAGAUUUUUGAAGAUGUGUAGUGGGUGUAAAAGUGCUCUUGUUUGAGGUUAUAUUCAACUUUUUUUUUUUUUUUCUUUUCUUUUCUCUCCUUCCCUCCCUCUCUUGUCUUUUAUGCUUUGUUUGUAGAGUAUUAAAGAACAAAAUCACACUUUUCUUUUUCCUACAUUUUUUGUUCAUUAGGUGUGUAUAUUUAUCAUCUCUCUUCUGCUACACUAUGUUCUGGGAGUUCAGCAAUCAAAAAGAGCAUAGGUGCAUGAGGCAUUACAAGAAUCAUACGUAAUAAAGUUUGUUUUCUCACAUCUUUUAUUAUGGCUUUCGGCGUAUUAAUUGUAGAAAAUAUGGUAGGAAGUAAGAAUGGUGGUGAGCGUUAAAGUGCAUGAGGGCAUUAUUGCAUGCGAUAUGUAGAAGGCAAAGAGAUUAUUAUUAAAGUAGGAGACAAGUACAGAAAGCACUAUAAAAUUCAUGGUUCCCCUUUUGUAAACUACUUAGGAGAUCUUUCAAAAAAGUUUCAUAAGUAUAGCUGUUGGGUAUAAUACACGUUUUAAGUUACACCAUCAAACCUUCAAACCCUCAAAACCACACACACCAUACAAU